GCGCCCCUCCGCUUGUUUGACCGCUCUCCCCUCCCCCCCUUCUGUACGAUCUCCUCCUCCUCCCCCUGCUCGCGGUCGCUCCUCCCCCCGUCCGCCUUCGGGCCUAACCAACGGAAUGGGCUCGGCGUCCCCGCCCCGUUUCGUCCGCUCUCGCCGUCGCGCCCCAACGCAGUGGACUCGGCGUCCUCGCCCGCAUGCGAUGGACUCGACGUCCUCGCCCCGCUGCCGGUGCGCCCUCCGCCUCGCUGCCGAUGCGCCCUCCGCCCCGCUGCCGGUGCGCCCUCCGCCCCGCUGCCGAUGCGCCCUCCGCCUCGCCAUCGCCCCGCAUCGUUGUCCUCGCCCCUCCUCCCAUCGCUUCGUCGAGCACCGCCCCGCCUCUUCGACCGUCGUGCCCCGCGCCGCCUCUUCGACCGUCGUGCCCCGCGCCGUUGUCCACUCUCGCCGUCGCUGUCCUUCGUUUCGUCCACUCUCGGGGUCGCGCCCUACCGUCGCGUCACUUUGUCCUCGUCCUUCAUUUCGCUUCGUGAUCG